AUGUUGCAAUUCAAAAGCAAGGGCGGUAUAGAGUGUGUCGAUUUCAUAAAAUUUGCUGUGUCACAAAUGAACAACUCUCUUUGUUCUGAAGCAGAAAAGAAGACGAGAGCUCAAUCGGAAAACCCCUUAUGGCAUGAGCUUCGAUUUGGACGAAUCACAGCUUCCAAAAUAUUUGAAGUUGCACAUUGCAAAACUCCAGAGGGCACUUUAGUAGAAUCAAUAAUAGGUUCUUACAAAGUGAGGGACAACAAAUUCAUGAAGAGGGGAAGACUAUUAGAAAAAAAAGUAUUAAAGUGUGCCGAACAAAAAGUAAAGUGUAAAUUUCAAGAGUGCGGUUUUUUUACAAUGCCUUUGUUGCCUGUCCUCGGAGCCUCACCGGAUGGUAUCUCAAAAGAUUACGUUGUGGAAAUUAAGUGUCCUAGCAGUGUAAAAAAUAAAAACACUUAUAUAAAAGACAAUAAUAUUACAGCUAAAUUUAAGGGACAACUCCAUUUGCAAAUGUUGUGUGCUAAUAAAAAAAAAGGGUUGUUUUGUGUUGCAUCUCCAGAUUUUGAAGAAUCAAAUAAUGUAGAAAUUUUGGAAAUUGAUUUUGACGAGCAGUUUGCUAAUGAGCUUACAGCAGCAGCUAUAGAAAACUGGAAAAAAUUUGUAUUUCCUAAGGUUUUUGUAAGUUGUCAAUAA